UAUACAUAUUUGUGCUUAUAUUUUUACUAUGCGUCGUGAAUAUUUUAAAUUACUUGAAUGUUUUUUGGCAGAUCCACUUGAACCUCUCAAUGUAUUCCCAACAAUGGUUGAUUUACUUAAUUCACUUCGUGAAACUGAACAACAAGAAUCUUUACGCCAAUUUGUCAGACAAAAAUUAGAACGUUUAUGUUUAUUAGAUUCUCUAAAAACGGCGGAAUUUGUUCUCUCCAAUUUUCCAGAACUUUUAAUUGAAUGUAGAUCAACACCUAAAAAACUUCCUUUAUCUUUUCUAAGUAAUUGUUUUCGAAUAAGGCGAGAACAAAAUUUUAAAACAUUAACUGGGGGAGAAGAAGAAUUGGAUGAAUUAUUCUUUGAUUACUAUUUUGAACAAACAAUUAAACAGCAAAAAACAGAAUUGGAUCUAUUGGAUGCUAAAUUGGUUGAUGAAUUGCGUUAUUGGCUUCCCCUUGGAUCCUUUUCUGAUUUUUGUUUGAAUAUUUGUAUGAAACAACCUAAAGGUCUCCUUGUCGAAUGCAGUGCUCUAUUAUUGUUAUCCCGUGGGCACAUUUCUCGAGCAUUUGAACAUCUUUUUAAUGAAGGAAUAUUAAAUAAAUGUUCACAAAGUUGUGUUAAUUUCCUUUUGGAGUUAACAGCUACAUAUCCGACAGAAGCACAAGAUGGUGAUUGGUUGAACAAAUUAUUUAAGCAACUUUUGAACACACUACAUAUAAAAAACAUCCUUUCUCCAACUUGCUCGGAUCGGAUUCUCCAUUACAGCGUGUUUUUAACGCAAUAAUUGAGUUCGAUGAUGGCCGAAUAAAUAAUAAUUCAAAACAACAACUUC